GGGCCGCAUCCCAGAGCCCGCUGGAGGAAGACGGGGUCCCCAGAGACCCGGCAGGCCGGGGCGGAGGUUGAGGCAGCUAAACUCCCGGUGGACGCCUACAUCGCCUUUCGCGGUGUUGCUAAGCCGAACUUUUAAUUUUAGUUUGACUUUUGGGUUCCAGAGACGGGUAUUUCCGGACACUGGCAAGAAUUUUGCCUUGCGUGUCUUCGAAGGCGGUUUUCUUGGUGUCCAUAUUGCAUAAAGGCUUGUCGCUCCUCUGUGGAGAUGACGGUUGUACAGUACUGUAAGAUUGAUGUUAAAGGCAUGGUGUUCACCCCACUUCAUCAGCGUACAUAAGUUAUCUCUUCUUUUGGACCCUUAUUUUAUGCCAUAAUGCAACAAGCUUUAGAACUAGCUUUGGAUCGUGCAGAGUAUGUCAUUGAAAGUGCCCGACAGAGACCUCCUAAAAGGAAAUACCUAUCAAGUGGAAGAAAAUCUGUAUUUCAAAAACUUUAUGACUUGUAUAUUGAAGAAUGUGAAAAAGAACCUGAAGUUAAGAAAUUAAGAAGAAAUGUGAACUUGUUAGAGAAGCUUGUUAUGCAAGAGACUUUGUCAUGUUUAGUGGUCAAUCUAUACCCAGGAAAUGAGGGAUAUUCUCUGAUGCUCAGGGGAAAAAACGGAUCAGAUUCCGAGACCAUUCGACUGCCCUAUGAAGAAGGAGAGUUGCUUGAAUAUUUGGAUGCAGAAGAAUUACCUCCUAUUUUGGUUGAUCUCCUAGAAAAAUCUCAGGUUAAUAUUUUUCAUUGCGGAUGUGUCAUAGCAGAAAUACGUGACUACAGGCAGUCCAGUAACAUGAAAUCUCCUGGUUACCAAAGUCGGCACAUUCUCUUACGUCCAACAAUGCAGACUUUAAUUUGUGAUGUACAUUCAAUAACAAGUGAUAACCACAAAUGGACCCAGGAAGACAAACUUUUGCUUGAGAGCCAGCUCAUCCUAGCUACAGCUGAACCACUCUGUCUUGAUCCUUCUAUAGCAGUCACCUGCACUGCAAACAGACUGCUCUAUAACAAGCAAAAGAUGAACACUCGCCCAAUGAAACGGUGUUUCAAGAGGUAUUCCAGAUCCUCUCUGAAUCGGCAGCAAGAUCUAUCUCAUUGUCCACCUCCUCCUCAGCUGAGGUUACUUGAUUUCUUACAAAAAAGAAAGGAAAGAAAAGCAGGUCAGCAUUAUGACCUCAAAAUUUCUAAGGCAGGAAAUUGUGUAGAUAUGUGGAAACGGAGUCCCUGUAAUUUGGCCAUACCUUCUGAAGUAGAUGUGGAGAAAUAUGCUAAAGUGGAAAAGUCUAUCAAAUCUGAUGACUCACAGCCAACAGUCUGGCCAGCCCAUGAUGUAAAAGAUGAUUAUGUAUUUGAAUGUGAAGCUGGUACUCAGUAUCAGAAAACAAAGCUGACCAUCUUGCAGUCGCUUGGAGAUCCACUUUACUAUGGUAAAAUACAGCCAUGUAAAGCAGAUGAAGAAAGUGACAGCCAGAUGUCUCCAUCACACUCGUCCACAGAUGAUCAUUCAAAUUGGUUCAUUAUUGGAUCAAAGACCGAUGCUGAGAGGGUAGUCAAUCAGUACCAGGAAUUAGUCCAGAAUGAAGCCAAAUGUCCGGUCAAGAUGUCACACAGCUCCAGUGGCUCAGCCAGUCUGAGUCAGGUCUCUCCAGGGAAAGAAACAGAUCAAACUGAAACCGUGUCAGUUCAGUCUUCGGUAUUGGGGAAGGGUGUAAAACAUCGACCCCCACCAAUCAAACUUCCCUCAAGCUCAGGAAAUAGUUCCUCAGGUAACUAUUUUACACCACAACAGACAAGCAGCUUUCUCAAAUCUCCAACUCCUCCUCCUUCUUCUAAGCCAUCAAGUAUUCCUCGGAAAUCAUCUGUGGAUCUCAAUCAAGUUAGCAUGCUUUCUCCAGCUGCCCUAUCACCUGCCAGCUCAUCACAAAGAUCUGGAACUCCUAAGCCAUCUACUCCUACACCAACCCCUUCAUCGACCCCACACCCUCCUGAUGCUCAGAGCUCAACUCCUAGUACCCCUUCAGCCACCCCUACUCCCCAAGAUUCAGGCUUCACCCCUCAGCCCACUUUGUUAACUCAGUUUGCUCAGCAGCAAAGGUCUCUGAGCCAGGCAAUGCCUGUAACAACCAUUCCUCUUUCCACCAUGGUAACAUCUAUAACUCCAGGAACCACGGCCACCCAGGUCAUGGCAAACUCUGCUGGACUUAACUUCAUCAAUGUAGUGGGCUCUGUUUGUGGGGCCCAGGCUUUGAUGAGUGGUUCAAACCCCAUGCUGGGCUGUAACACUGGUGCCAUAACUCCUGCAGGAAUAAACCUGAGCGGCCUUCUACCCUCAGGAGGUCUGCUACCAAAUGCACUGCCCAGUGCAAUGCAGGCAGCUUCUCAAGCAGGUGUUCCAUUUGGUUUAAAAAAUACUUCAAGUCUCAGGCCCUUAAAUCUACUCCAGCUUCCAGGUGGUUCACUUAUUUUUAACACUCUGCAGCAGCAGCAACAGCAGCUCUCCCAGUUUACACCACAACAACCUCAGCAGCCCACAACUUGUAGUCCUCAACAGCCAGGGGAGCAGGGUUCUGAGCAAGGUUCAACCAGUCAAGAACAGGCCUUAUCUGCUCAGCAAGCUGCUGUUAUUAACCUUACUGGAGUAGGAAGUUUUAUGCAGUCACAGGCAGCUGUGUUGUCUCAGCUUGGCUCUGCCGAGAACAGACCUGAGCAAAGCCUUCCUCAGCAGAGAUUCCAGCUCUCCUCUGCCUUUCAACAGCAGCAGCAACAGAUACAACAGUUGCGAUUCUUGCAGCAUCAAAUGGCUAUGGCAGCAGCAGCAGCACAAACAGCUCAGCUACAUCAUCAUCGGCAUACAGGCAGCCAGUCAAAAAGUAAAAUGAAGAGAGGCACGCCAACCACUCCAAAAUUUUGAGUCUUGCAUUACUUUUUGUUCCUUUUUUAAAAACACAAGAGCACUGAUUCAAAAGAAUUGAGUUUCUACUUUUUGUUUUUUUUAAUGUGUCAGUAUUUUACAUUGCUAGAUGUACAAACUUUAUACAGAAGCACAACCUUAUCAUUUUUAAAUAAAAACAGGGAAAUGGUUUAACAAACUAGGGUUGGUUUGCCUAAGUCAUUGCUUUUUAAAAAUGGUUUCACUAUACAUAAUAUAUAUGGAAGUGACCUAAGAAAUAAUAGAAACAUCUUUCAGAAGAAUGUAGUUUGAUAUUUAUUUAGUAUAAAACGUUUGUGCACAGUGUUAACAAAUACAAUUUUUACAAAUCUGUUUUGAAAA